UCCGGCUGCGCUGCUGGGAAACCAGCAAGGCUGAUAAGGCUCCCUUCUGGAGAAAUUCCUGUUCCUUGCGCCAGGGCGGGGCAGAAGCUGGACCCCAGCGCGAACAGUUUCUCUCAAGUUUCCCUUCCCCGCCCGCUCGCGCCCCUCCUCGCCUUUCGCCUCUCUUCCCAAUUGCGCGCCCGAGGUGCUUUGGGAAGGGGAAGGGCCAGCCGGGAACAGGGGGGUCGAAGAGAACGUCUGUAGAUGAGCCUCCAGGUGAAGAGGCAUCCUCUUGUUCAUCCGAUCAACCUGUGUGCCUGGCCAGUUGGUCCAGUCUGCAGCAGUACACAGCUGAACCCCCAGAAAGAUGGUUCAAAGAGGGGAAGAUGGCAUCAGGUAACCCCAGGGAACUGGAUCCAGGAAGUCAGUCUGCACAAAUAGGAGAGGGCACUCUGGAAACUGAGUCCGUGUCACUGGCUGUAGGGGAAGGGUUCCCAAAUGAGAUUGCCCUCUCAUUUUCUGUCAAGAGUCGCUCGGGACAGGGCCCCAAUCCCCAGCUGCAGGAGACAGCCAGAAAGAAGCUGUGGGCCUUAGAAAAUGACGACAAAGAUGUCUGUGCUCUUUUCAAGGAGCUGUCAGCCCGGCUGGUUUGUAUCCAGGCACAGGACAGUCGCUUUCUACUCUCCUUCAGGACCAUAGAAGAAAUCUGGAAGUUUUCAACAUACUUAGCGCUUGGCUAUGUGGGCAGCUGUUUGGAGCAUCUUCUCUUCACCCCUGAGUACUGGCUGAACUGUGCUCUGGUGGAGGACACCGAGAUAACUGUUGCUCUAGACGAGGAUCACAUGGCCACCAUGUACUUAGGUCUUCUGCUUCAGGAAGGAAACUUCUUUGCCAGGGUCGUGGUUGGUGUCCUGACAGAUGAAGAAGGGGAGGAUUUGAAGCUCUCCAAAAAUGAGCUUGUCCAUGUGAAAGACAUUGGGCAUGACACCAAAUGGGAAGGGACAUCUCUGUUGAAUGACCAGAGGGGCCUGGUCCCUGUCACAGCCAUGGAACCAUUGUCCCAUCCUUUUUACCAGUGGUUCCUGAAGAACUAUCCAAUGAGCUGUGGUAUCUCCAAACAGAUCAGCGGACCUGGCUCUUUGCAGAUUGGUGAGGACAAUCUUAUUGGGGGCCAAGGGAGGUGCACAACUACAGAAGAUCACAGAGGGAAAGGAUGGGACGAGCUGAGCUUCUGCAAAGGGGACACCAUAGAGGUCACUGGCUUUCUCAUUCCAGGCCUCCAGUGGUUUAUAGGGAAAUCCACAACCAGCGGUGCAGUAGGCUUUGUCCAAACCAGAUGUGUGCAUCCUGAGACUUGUGAGCCGAUGCAAAAGAAUCCAGUAUUUUUUAGUGAAGAAGAAGUCGCAUCCAUUCUGCAGGUUCCAUCCAACGGCAAUGAGACGCAUUACAGUAAUCUUCUGGGUGAAUGGGCACAAACAGACAUCACUUCUGUGUACAGGCUCGAUGGCUUUGAACCUGUGGCAAUGUACCCAAGAAUGCCAUCAGAUGCAGUUGUUCAGGGACUUAAGGAUGGCUGGAUGUUUGAGAGCUGGGGGAAGCAGGCUAGCAAUAGCUUGCCAACUCCUAGUGGUUCUGAAAAGUCCAGUCCUGUUGGUGACUCUUCACCUUCUACCCUGGAACACUUACUUCUGCCAGAACCAGAUGACCUUGAUGACCCCAAGUUCUUUAUUGACCUGAACGCUGGGCACAUGGAGGACUCUGAUGUCUUUGACCCUAUAUUGACUUUCCUCAACCAAGAUGGCUAUGUGCCCCAUUUCCAAAGUCUCUAUGACCUCUCUUUUUCCUUCCUCAGUUCCACCUUCUAUGGCUUCUCCAGUGAGGAAGAGCUAGUCCUAUACCUAGAGACAUCCAGGAACUGGGCCAAGAGAGGUCACCUUGCUUGGGCUCACAUCCGGAUAUGCUUUCUCUUGGGCCGCCUCUGCACCAAGAAGGCCAAGUUCUCUCAGGCUCGAGUGUAUUUUGAGGAAGCCAUGAGCGCUAUUGACAGAGGGUUUGAUGACCUGCCCCUGCUUGCCUCGCUGCACACGAACCUUGCUGCCAUUUACCUGAAGCAGAAGAUGAAGCAGAAGUUCUUGUCCAUGCUUGGGAAAGGGGUGGCCCUUCUGGCCUGCCUGCCUGGACACUGCUUCUGUUCUGAGAAUGAGCUUGAGGUCAUGAUGUACAUUCUGAGAGAAGCCAUCACCAUGGGCAACAUUGCUUUGGAAGCUCGGGCCUGCCUUCUUGUGGUCAGGCUCUUCUUGCAGCUGGGCAAGUAUGACGAGGUCCUGCCUUUCUCUGAACGCUUGCAGUUCCUGUGCUCCAGUGUCUCUAGCCAGGACUCCAGUGCACCCUCUUUGGACCUGAUGCCUCUCCUGACCUACCUCUAUGAGAAGAAGUGCUUGCCGCAUGUUGCCUUGGCAUCUGCCAGGCUUUCCCCUCCCAGCCCUGUGAAAGGGGCUCCAACACCCAUUUGGAGAGCUGGAUUCAUCCUUUCAAAUGCUUCUAAGCUCCUGGUGAUCCAAAACAGGAGAAGCAGAAGUAGCGUCCCCGCUUUGGCUUGCCUCUACCUGAGCUGUGCCUUGGCCUUCUCCCACGAGAACGGAGCUGUGCCCACGGAGAGAGCCCUUUGUGCAGUGUUAUCCAAAAUGUACCUCAAACAUGGCAUGUUACAAGGAGCCGUUCAUUAUUCGAACAGGGCAGUUGCCCUUGGCAAAGUGAUGGGCGAGGAGGAAGCUUUUGAGUCCUCCCUUUCUUUGGGGUGGGUGUACGCUUUGAGCAGCCAGCCAGAAAAGGCGUCGGAGAUCAUGUUGCGCCUCCUGCGUUCUCUGCGACAGACAGACAGCAUCACACAAGAUGGGGUUGUCCACAACCUUCUGGCCAUCGCCCUUAAAGGAGAAGGGCAGGUGCAGAAGUCAGCAGAGAACUACUUGAGGGCUUUAAACAAAGCCCAGGAGACUGGCAACAGGCGGAACCAAGCCAUUGCCUUAUCCAACUUUGGGUGCCUGGCUGUCUCUUGCCAGGCAAGCCGCCUAGCGGAAUGCUACUUUCUCCAGGCUGUUAGGUUGUAUUUUGAACUGCAGGGUGGAGAUGAUGCACAGCUGGAGCUGGUGCAGAUUCUGCUGUGGUUGGCCCAGUGCCAGGUGGAGAUGCAUAAGACAGAUGAGAGCAAACUGUUUCAUGAACUCGCCUUGGCCGUUGCCUUGAACACACGCAACAUUAUGAGUCAGCUUCAGGUCACUGAGUCCAUCUGCCAUUUCUAUCGCAAAGUGCAGCCCAACACUGGGGCCUGCAUCAUCUACCAUGAGCACCAACUCUUCCUAGCUCAGCAGCUCCAGGACAAAGAAAUGGAAGGGCAGCUUCUGCAGGUCCUCAGCCAGCUCUACCAGAGUCUGCAGACAACCAGAUAUGUGAAACGGGCCCUGGAUUAUACCAAACAGAGUCUGAGAAUCUUCAUUGACCUGGAGGAAACGGUCAAAACAGCGCAGGCCUGGCUGCAGGCUGGAAGGCUUUACUAUCAAAUGGAAGAGGAUGAACUUGUGGAAAUGUAUUUGCAGGCAGCCAUACAGACGUCACUGAAAUCUGAAGAGCUGCAUUUGGCCAUGGAACUAUAUGAAGAGGCUGGUGAUGUCUUUUUCAAUGGGAUCCGGAACAGACAAAAGGCAGUGGACUAUUACAGGGGAGGAGCUGUCCCUUUGGCUAGGAAGCUGAAGGUGCUGCAGACUGAGUUGAGAGUGUUCAACAAGCUGACGGAGCUGCAGCUCGGACUCCAGAAUUAUGAGAAGGCUUUGGAAUUUGCUACCUUGGCAACCAGGCUCAGUGUGGAUGUAGGAGAUCAGUUGCAAGAACUGGUUGCUUUUCACCGCUUGGCGACAGUGUACUAUUGUCUGCAAAUGUAUGAAAUGGCUGAGGACUGCUACCUGAGGACACUCUCUCUGCGCUCACCAUUGUUGCAAGGCGCUCAGGAAGCUAUGUAUUAUUCCAAGGUUUACUGUCGCCUGGGAGAUUUGACCCUGCACAAACUAAAGGAUGAACAAGAUGCAGCUAACUACUUCCUCUUGGCCUUGGCUGCUGCCACCGAGCUUGAUGACCAGGCUUGGGAAUGCAAGAUUCAGUCCAAGCUGGCACAAAUAUAUCAUGCUUCCCAGUCCAAUAAGAGCCCAAGGGGGUGGACCACGUAUCGGGCCCGGUGGCUGAGCGAAGGAAGACGUGAUGUAUGACAAAUCACCUUGUGGGACUCAAGAGCUCUCAGACCUCUGAACCAGAAGAAACGAAGCUCGUUUUUCUCACCUCACUGCCAAAGAGCUCUCAAGUGCCUCCUUGACUUUGAAGCGAAGGGGAGAAACACGUCCCGGCACUUCACUCUCCCUGUGUUUUGAAAUUACUGAUGAGAAAACUUUAAUCUUUCGGGGGAUGGAUGCGCUUGCUCAUAGACCGACGCAAAGUGGAUAAAAGCCAGGUCCCUCGUGUUUUUAUAGCCUAAUAUUUAUCAGCAACACAUACGAAGAGAAGACUUCCAUUGAGACCUCAUUUAAUUAGAUACACACUGUGAAGGUGUUGCUUAAAGUGCAAAUUGAAAGCACAAGGUAGGAUAUAAACAAGAAUUAGCUUGUGGAAGCAUAAGUUGGCCAGGCUUUGAAGUAGCUGGAGAUGAUCUCUGAAAAGUUACAGCAUGAGGAUGUUCAACUUGUACCCAUUCAACUUCAGUGCCAAAAUGCAGAGUGCACUUUCACAUUCCCUGCAAACCUUGAAUGAGCCCUGAAAGAUAGAAAGUUCACUUACAGGAACUUUUUGGGUUUUUUUUUAAAAAAAGGAUUGUGUGUGUGUGUGUGUGUGUGUGUGUGUGUGUGUUUUUGUCGGCAAUCUACGGUUAUGUUUAUUUCUGUUUUCCAGCUUUAUCUUUAUCCUCAAGCAGUUUCUCUGUGCUGGGGUAAACUGGACCACAAAGAUAUUCAUAGCAAAAGACAUAAUGGCAGAUAGCACCUUUCAAGAGAGCAUGUGUAUGUGAUGGGUAAAGGAGAAGACGAUUAAAAGAGUGUUCAGGACACAUUCUUCAGCCAAGCAACAAGCUGCCUUUGCAACUGAAUUGAACCACAAGUGAUGCCCGUAGCCUGCCAUUCCAUAGGAACCUGGGACGUGGCCCACUAUUGAGUCAGACCACUGGUCCAUCUAGCUCAGUUUUAUUGAUACUGUCUGCAGCUCUCCAGGGUUCCCAGGCCAGAUUGUUUCCCAGCCACCCCUAGAGAUACCAGGUGUUGAACCUGGAACCUUCUGCAUUGAAAGCAUGUUCUCUGCUACCCUGACCUACAUCCCCUCUCUUCCUCCCGGUUCGUUUCUUCCUACUCCAGCAUGAAGUCUGUGAUGGAGGCACUAAGCUGCAGAUUGUUUUGCUAAUUUUUCCUAGCCAGAAAACAAAGAAGGAGGUGGAGGUGGUGGCACUGUAAGAGAGAAGUGGGUAGUGAGAGGAGCAAGAUGGGUGGGCUUCAGCCAGCAUUCAUUUCAUUGAUUUGCUUGUCUUCUCAGUUCUUUUUUGAAGCUGGACUUGGAGUGCCAUGAAUUUUUUUCUGACCAUUAAGUGUGUCUUCUGCUUAAAGGUCUCAGUAGAUCUUGAAUUCUACAAAUCACCUCAGGCCCGGCCUUGAAUCUGGCUUUUCGAUCUGAAGCCUCAGCACUCUGCACAUAUUGCCACCACUGCCUCUCUUUCCCAGGCCCACUCAAAUGCUCUUGCCUGGUUGGAAUCCUUGAACUGCAAUAAUGUCUCUUUGCUUGCCAAGAUGGAGAGAUGAAGUUGGGUGUGUGAGGAAACCUCUGACCUCCAUACAGUCCAAACCUACAAGAGUCACAUCCAUUUCCCUGCAUCCUUUUGGGACUUGCUCCACCUGCCACUGGCAAGUGGCCCCCAGAAGGUUGCUCAUGAGGGAAUAUGGCCCUUAGUAUAAAAAAUGCCGCACCCCACCCCCUGUAGAGGGGCAGAGCCUGAAGAAGGUUAGUCUUAGAUAGGGACAAGGGCAUGCACACUGAGCAGUAAUUCCUCCAACGGGGGGAUAUAUUUCUCUGCCUUCUGAGUGAAAUAGGGGCUCUGGCUACAGGAUUUAAUGAAGCCAAACCAUGGCACCCUUGGCCUCAGAGUCAGGCCCUCAGUUAUUUCCCCGGAAAACCUAAGAAGAGCCUGCUGGAUCAGGCCAAUGGCCCAUCUAGUCCAGCAUCCUGUUCUCACAGUGGCCAGCCAGAUGCCUUUGGAAAGCCUGAAAGCAGGAUCUGACACAAGAGCAUACACUCUUCCUGUGGUUUCCAGCAACUGGUAUUCAGAAGCAUUCAGAGAUUCUUUCCUGGCAACAGGAAAAGUGUGUCCUUUAUUAUGCAUGUAGUUGCGAAGUCUCCACUGGACCUGGAUCUGAGAGUAUCUGUACCCUGUGUAUCCAGAGAUAUGGAGUGUAGCAUGAAUUCCACAGGGAGGGAACGUUUCCAUAGCUACACCCAGUAGGCCUCUGCUUCUUUACUGCUGCAAUGCUUGCUCUGUUGCUUCCCUGCACUUUUCCCCGCUGGGUGCUCCCAGCCCCUUCCAUUGAGGCUGAGAUGAUAUACCCAAUGUAGGAAUGGCCCGUUUAUUUUUGGCAGGGCAUGGAGCAUUACCCUGGGCCAGCUUCAAGUGUUUGCAAGCUGUUCUUCACAGUCAUCUGAGCUCAAAUGAGCUUUUAAGUCUGCUUGGAGAUGCCACAUGUUUACAGCAAUCCUGCAGCCACAUCACAAAUGCAUAAAGUUCUGUGCAUUCCAAGCUCUAAAUCAGAAGUCCCAGGGCCUCUGUGCCUACAAAUGUCAGGCUGUGGCAGGAGGCUGAAUUCAGAUGCCCUAUUGUUUGGUGCAGCGCAGCUAGUCUUAACAUCGCAUUACAAUUAUUUUCCUGUAUAAAGCCACUUUUGAGAGGGUGGGGAAGAGAAUUGUCUUUUCCAUGGGAUGUUGUGUUUGCACAGAGUGUCUCUGAACUCUUUCUCAUGUUACGAAGAGCACGGAUGAAAGUGAAGAGGUUCUUCCUCUGAUAAUAAUAGAAGCUGGGAUCAUUUCCAUGGUAUUGAAUGUUGGGAGGUUCAGAACAGGCGAAAGGAAGUACUUCCUCACAUGUUGCGGCGUUAUGGAAUUCAUUGCUAUGAGAUGCACCGGCCACCAAUGCAGAUGGUUUUAAAAGGGAGUUAGGCAAAUUUGGGGACGGCAAGGCUCAGUGACUGCUAGCCACAUGGCUGUGUUCUCCGUCCUCUCAAUACCAGCUGCUGUGGUGUGCAAUAGGGGAAGUGCUAUUGAACUCAGGUCCUACUUGCAGGCUUCCCAUAAGCAGCUUGUUGGCUACUGUGAGAUGCUGCCCCAGAUGGCCCUUGGGUCAGAUGCAGCCACACUCUUCUUAAGUUCUUACAAAGCAAAAAAUUCAGCUUCCCACCCCCUGGACCCAUUUCAGAGGAGCUUGCACUUCUGCUCCACCAGGAGAUGCUGAGGGAGCCCCCACAUUUGGAGCAGGCAAGCCUCCCUGUGGAGUAGAUGCUAUUCUCACAAGCCCCAUGUAAAAAAUACUGAAUGAAUGCAACAUUGUGUGUGAUUGUUCAUCUCUGCUGGUAAAUUCCUGAGGUGCUACCAUGCCUGCCUGCUUUCUGCCUGAACGUUUGAGUCUCUGCUAAGAAGCAUGAGGGAUAUCAGGCCUCGCUGUCUUUAUGACAGCCCCUAAUUGCCUAUAGCAGUAACUCUGAACUGUGCCAGUCACUGCUAACAGCUGGUGUAGCCAUCCAGGACAUGCCUCAGAACAAAUGUCACAGUGUCUAAAUGUGAGGGGCAAUGCAUACUUAUAGAGCAACGUGCUUUGCAUGUAGAAAGCUCCAAGUUCUGUCCCUUGAUGUCUUCCAUUAAGCAGACGUUGGGUCCUAAGACCUUGGAAAGCUACUGUCUGUUAUCAUUCUGGAUUAGAUGGAGUAAUGGGCUGCCUUGUUUUAAGGCAGCUUCAUAUGUUCCUACAUGUUUCUGGGUGUUGUAGCGCUGGGCGUUUGCCAGCUUACAAUGUACAGUUUUGCUUUUUCUUUGUGCUAUAUCCCAUCUCACCGCUAGAGAGCAAUAAGCAAUAAAAAUUACUUCCUGGUAA